GUCAAAGUAAAAUUGAAAUGUUUGGAACAUCUAACGUGCGUGUCUUCCAAACAGAACAGCAACUGUAACAAUCUAUUUUCCUUGUUCUUACCAAACAAACUCCAUAGCUUCUUCUUCAAUUUCUCACAUGCACAGUACUUUCAAUCUCUUCAAGGUGUCAUAAUAUUGAGUUGAGCCUUGGAGAAACUCUAUGGCUCACUGCUCUAUCAAGGAUACCGGUAUAGCAGAAUCCCAGUUGAGUUGGUGGUAUCUCGUAUCAUCUUACGAAGAACUCAAAACAGGGAAACAAAAGGUGAAAACCUCGGCCGAGACUUUCAGUUGUCCGUACUGCCCCGAGAGGAAACAGGAUUAUAAGUUAAAUGAACUCCUGAAUCAUGCCACCGGGAUUGGUCGGAGUAGUUCAGAGAAGAGAAGUGCUAAAGAGAAGGGUAGUCAUUUGGCUUUGGUAAAAUAUUUGGAGCAAGACCUUAACAGUAAGGAUGGUGCAUCGAGACCUAUAGAUCAAGGUACGAACACAAUAAGUCCAGGACAGACAGUAAUGUCUCACUGUUCUAUCAAGGAUACCGAUAUAAGUUGGUGGUAUGUAGAUACAGCUUAUGAAGAGCUCAAAAAUGGAACUCGGAAUGUGAAAACCUCAGACGGGACUUUCAUAUGCCCGUACUGCCCUAAUAGAAAACAGGAUUAUUUGUACAGGGAACUCCUAGAACAUGCUUUUAUGGUUGGUCGGAGUAGUUCAGAAAAGAGAAGUGCAAGAGAAAGAGCUAAUCAUCUCGCUUUGUUGAAAUAUUUGGAAAAGGAUAUUACAAGUAUGCCUGGACCGUCAAAGCCUGUCGAUAAAGGUACAAAAUUGAUAAACCAAGGACAAACUGUCUCGGCUCCAUGCUCUAACAAGGAUACCGGUUCAAGUGAUCCUCGAAUAAGUUGGUUGUAUGUAGAUAAACUUUAUCAAGAACUCAAGAAUAGAAGUCUCAAAGUGAGAAUCUCAGACGAUGCUUUCACUUGUCCAUACUGCCCGAAAAUGAAAAAACCGGACUAUGUGUACAGGGAAAUCCUUGAACAUGCUUCUGGGGUCGGUCAGAGCAGUUCGCAAAAGAGAAGUGUCCGAGAGAAGGCAACUCACCUGGCUUUAAUGAAAUAUUUGAAACAGGAUAUUAUAUAUGUGCCUGCUCCAUCAAAACCUGUGACUGAAGGUGAUUCUUCUGGAGCCAUGAUACAAAGCCGAGAAGAAAAUGCGACGAAUCGCUGCUCCGACAAAGAUUCUGAUAAAAGUGCAUCUCAAAUAAAUUUAGGGCAAUUAAAAAGAACAUAUGAACAGCUCAAAAAGGGGAUUCAAAACGUGAGAACCUCAGAUAAGACUUUCACUUGCCCAUACUGCCCUAAUAAUAAAAGGAUAAAACGGGAUUACGUGUACAGGGAAAUCCUUGAACAUGCUUCCGGGGUGGGUUGGAGUAUCUCACAAACUAGAACUGACAUUGAAAAGGCGGAUCAUCUGGCUUUGGUCAAAUAUUUGAAAAAGGAUCUUAUAAAUGUCGGUGGUCCUUCAAAACCAACAGAGAGAGGCACCAUAACGUCGAACCGAGGAGUAACUGUAACAGGUCGCCACUCUGAGAAGGAUACUAAUAAUAGUGCAUCUCAAAUAAAUGCGUUGUUUGUAAAUAAAUCCUAUGCAGAACUCAAGAAGGGAGUUCACAAGGUCAAAACAUCAGAAGAUACUUUCUCAUGUCCGUAUUGCCCUAAGAGAAAAUGCGAUUAUAGGUACAGCGAACUCCUUAAUCAUGCUUUAGGGGUAGGUCAAAGUGACGCACAAAGGAGAAGUGUAUUGGAGAAGGCCAACCAUCUAGCUUUAGUGAAAUAUUUGGAAAAGGAUCUUAUGACUAUGAAUGUGGAACGUCCAUUAAAGCCUGCAAACAAAUAUUUGGAAAACAAUCUUAUGAAUGUGGAACAAAAUCGAACAAAACCAGUGAAUGAAAACAUUCUUGUCAAUUCUGAAAGGCAGUUUGUAUGGCCAUGGACUGGGAUUGUGGUUAAUAUUCCCACUAGCCAAACCGAAGAUGGACGAUGUAUUGGUGAAAGUGGUUCCAAGCUAAGGGAUGAAUACCGAAUAAGGGGUUUUAAUCCACGUAGAGUCAGAACGCUUUGGAAUUCAUGGGGUCACACCGGAGCUGCAGUUGUGGAAUUCAAUAAAAGUUGGCUAGGGUUAUAUAAUGCAUUGGCAUUUGAAAGGGCGUAUGAAUUAGAUUGUCACGGGAAAAAGGACUGGCUUUCUUAUACUGAACAAAAAUCCGGUCUGUAUGCGUGGGUUGCCCGAGCUGAUGACUACAAAGUGAACAACAUAAUCGGGGAGCAACUACAAAAGAUGGAUGUUAAAACAAUACCUGAAAUCAUGGAGCAAGAUGCUAGAAGGUUCAAUAGACUCGUGCAGAGUAUGCAUAACAUUCUUCAAGUAAAGAACAACAAGAUAAAAGAAAUGGAAGUAGUAUGCAAUGAAAUUACACUUCGCAUGGACAUUGUGAUGGGCGAAAUAGACAGACUUGCUCAAUCUCACAGUCAAGAGAUGAAGAAAAUACAGUCAAGUGCAAAUCAACACUUUCAGAGUGUUUUGAAUGGUCAUGAAAGGCUUAAGUUGCAGCUGGAAUCUCAGAAAAGAGAACUUGAGUUGCGAAGAAUUGAACUGGAAAAACGUGAGGCACGUAAUGAAAGUGAGAGGAAAAAGUUGGAUGAAGAGAUUAACAAGACUGCAACGAAAAACCACUUUCUUCAAAUGGCUGCUAUGGAGCAACAAAAAGCUGGUGAAAAUGUUUUGAAACUUGCCGCAGAUCAAAAGCGGCAAAAAGAACAACUCCAUGCCAAAAUCAUCCAGCUUGAAAAACAACUAAAUGUGAAACAAAAACUGGAAUUGGAGAUUCAGCAACUAAAAGGAAAACUAAAUGUCAUGAAGCACAUGGAAGAUGAUGGAGAGCUUGAUGUUCUGGAUAUGAUGGAUGCCUUACAUAUAGAUUUAAGAGAGAAGGAACAGUCACUUCGAGACAUGGACGCAUUGAACCAAACUCUGAUCAUUAAAGAGCGUAAGAGCAAUGAUGAACUGCAGGAAGCUCGAAAGGAAUUGAUUACUACCAUUAAAGAGAUGCCGAGUCGUGCCGAUAUUCGUGUGAAGAGAAUGGGGGAGCUAGACUUUAGACCAUUUCUAGAAGCUAUGAAGAAAAAAUAUAAUGAAGAUGUUGCAGAAGAUAGAGCUUCUGAACUGUGUUCGUUAUGGGAAGAGUAUCUGAAGGACCCUGACUGGCAUCCAUUUAAAAUUUCUACAAUCGAAGGGAAACAUCAGGAAGCUAUAGACGAUGAAGAUGAAAAGCUGAAUGAACUGAGAAACGAGAUGGGCGAAGAAGUUUACAAAGCUGUGGUGGCAGCAUUGAAAGAGAUAAAUGAAUAUAAUCCAAGUGGGCGGUACAUAACCUCAGAAUUAUGGAAUUAUGCAGAGGGAAAGAGAGCGACUUUGCAGGAAGGGGUGAAAGUUUUAUUGAAUCAGUGGAAAUUGAAUAGACAAAAAAGGGGAAUGAUGUGAAGCCUGGAAUCAUCACACAUUGUUUUCUCGAAGGGAAUCGUGCGGUUGAACGUAUUUAGGAAAUACAUCAUAUAUUUGGCUUUCCUUGACACUUCAUGCUUCCGUGGAGUUCUUUCUAUCGUCACUGCUUUCAUAACCACAUGCUUUGCGCUUAUGCUUAUUCAUUUAGGCGAAGUUCAAACUUAAACCUAAACUUUUAAGCCCCUAAAUUUUUACACUAAAUGUAAAACAUGUUGUACCAUAUUUAAUAAACAUCAUUUCUGUUAACUUUUGCUUCAUUAAUUUGCUUUUAUGUAUUCAACAAGGUGGGUGUAUUUAAGUUUCUA